AUGUCCGCUUACUUUCUCGAAGCGUUGAAGGGAGGACGACCGUACCGAGCGAAAAAUGGCCAACUCUCCAUCAAAGCGUCGAGCUUGCCAGUCCUCCAGUCCCCAUGUCUCCAACGGUUCCCGGUUGAACAGCGCGGCUUUGCCACCAGUCCUCUCUCCGAAGUGAACUACCAUCCCCGACAUGUCGAGAUGCUCACAGACCCGGACAUCAUCGACACGCUCAAGGCACGAUCGGCGCUUAUCCGAACACUGCGCACUUUCUUCGAGACACGCUCAUUCGUGGAAGUGAACACUCCCAUCCUAACGGCCCUCGCCGGAGGAGCGACAGCCAAACCGUUCGAGACCACUGCGACCGAGUUUGCCGACCGGAAACUGAGCUUGCGCAUCGCCCCCGAGCUGUGGCUGAAGAGACUUGUCGUCGGUGGGAUGGACCGGAUUUUCGAGAUCGGGCCGAGCUUCAGAAACGAAGGGCUCGACAAAACACACAAUCCCGAAUUCACCACAUGCGAGUUCUACGCUGUCCGGCACGACCUGCCACAACUGAUGGACUACACCAAGCAGCUUCUCACUGACAUGGCAUUGGCUGUUGGAGCCGUCUUUCAUCAACAGAAACCUGCGGUAGCCAAGCUUCUUCGGGCCGUGCAGGAACCCUACCAGGAAUUCGAUUUCAUUCCGACCCUGAGCUCGGCUCUGGAGCUUGAUCUACCCAACCUCUCUUCUCCAGAUGCCCAGGGCCGACUGCUCGACAUUUUCGAAGCGAAGAAUCUUCCCCUCCCGAGCAAUCCCACCGUUCCUCGACUCGUCGACAAGCUCUCGUCCAUCUACGUCGAGCCGCGCUCUGCAGAGCGUCCUGCUUGGAUAGUCAACAUCCCCGAAUGUCUCUCGCCGCUUGCCAAAUCGUACAUCCACCCCACUGCUUCCCACGACCAGCCUGUGGCCGCCCGCGCCGAAUUGUUCAUCCAGGGCAAAGAAGUUGUCAACUGCUACGAGGAAGAGAACGACCCGUUCGAGCAGCGCAGGAAAUUCCAGGAGCAGCAGCGCUAUGCGCACCAGACUGCUCCGCUGGGUCGUGGUGAUCGACCCGCACGCGAAACCGUCGAUGAAGAAGCUAUGAAAGUCGACCAAGACUAUUUGGAAGCCCUGGAAUGGGGUCUUCCACCCACAGGCGGCUGGGGCUGUGGGAUCGACAGACUAGUCAUGCUCUUCAUCGGGAAGGAGAGGAUAGGUGAUGUCUUGUCGUUUGGCAGUCUACGUGCUGUUACGAGAGGGGCGGAGAAGAGGGAUUCCGACUUAUGA